AUGGCGAGAAGCAAGAACGGAGGGAGAUAUCGUAUGUCUGCAACACCGGCAAUUGUGAUGGCGGAGAUCUUCGCUGUUACAGCGAUAACUCUCAUGCUUGUUUCGGUCUUACACUUCGAAGGUGGCUUUUCGCUUAAAGCUGAAAACAAACGCGUGCGGCUAUUCAAUGCACAUUUUCUCUUUAUGUUGUUCGGCCCUAUCAUAUCCACUGGGCAAGCUAUCAUGGCAUUUAAGAUUGUUCCUGGAACAAGAAAGGCGAGGAAGAUAGUCCACAUGUUGCUCAACUUGUUGGGUAUUUUUUUGGGUGCUCUCGGCCUUAUUGCUAUCUUUAGGUUGUACAAGGAAAGUCAGUGGGCGCCAAAUGUUCAUAGUUUGCACUCAUGGACUGGACUUGGCGUGAUUGGGCUAUAUGUUAUCCAGUUCUUCCUUGGUUUCACUUUCUUCCUGUUUCCUGGAGCGAAGAAGAACAUGAGGACAGAUAUGAAGCCAUGGCAUGCUUUCUUAGGACUUACAAUCUUCAUGCUCGCUAUUUUCACCUCAGGAACUGGUUUAAUCCAGAGAUUCAGGUUCUUGGAACUUAUGAAGGGAAGAGAGGCUCUUCUGCUUAACUUCACAGGAAUAGCCAUUGUCCUCUUUGGCAUAUCUGUGGUUCUAUCGGUUAUACUUUCAUAA